AUGUCUUCUCCCCCUGGCCAUAACGGAAGACACGGCAGAACGCUCGCUGCUCGAAAGGGUGGCUGCACCAAGGAUGAAGAUGAUGACGCGAAAAGCCAUGGUCAAGUUGAUUCCGAGACCAUGGCACUUGAGCGAAGCAAGGGAAUCUUCCUGUCGUUGUUCCCUGCGGAUGUCUUGAUGGUGUUUUUUCUGGCCCGCGAGACUCGAGAGGUUGUCUAUACCGUCUUCAUGAGCUAUCUGGCGAAUUCGGUUGUUCUUCUUUCUACUGUGAAGCUGGUCAUAAUAGCGGACACGGUCAGGAGGCUAGAGACGUCGAAGAGGAUAUUGCUCGCAUUUGUCACGACCUCCAGAGUAGUAUUCGCCCCGGCCUCUGAACCUCGUGAAGAACAGACUAUUGCUCCACCAUUCAUAGUGGUCGUCGAUAUCGCUAUUUCUGAGAUGACCAUUUGUCUCGAAUCGCACGAGCCUCGAAUACGAAGACUGCUCGCACUGUCCUCCGGCGACUGUGCGCUGCUUCUUCAGAAGUCUGUCGGGCAUGGCGGGGGCUGCUUAGGAGAGGAUGAUAUUGGAGGGUAG